CGAUCCAGUUGUCCCUGCACAAGAAGUCAAUAUCGAAGAAGAAACUGACCUUGAAAGGUCACACAACCCUGUUUCAAUUUUUCAUGAGCCAGUUUCACAGGUAAUGGCUACCUUACCACCGAGUCGACAGCGGCGAAGUAAGCGAAUUGUUCAGUCUCAAAACUUGUGUGGGUCCAAAUUCCUGGAGGACCAUCCUUUUCUGUCAAUUACAUCCGCACAUGCAUUUCUGAACAAAUUUUGGAAAAUUACAAAACCAAGUACGAUCUCUCUAUUGUCUCACGAAAAGUAUUGCGGCUUUAAAAGUACGGAAGAACCCAUUUGCAAUCCGAAGAUCGUGAACAAGAAAAACAAAACGACCAAAGGCGAUACGUACACUCACAAGUAUUCGUUCAGCGUAAAUGAUCGGGUUUCACACCAUGUGGAAUUGAUAACAGGAUUGAACAAGGAAAGUCAGAAGAAAUUCGACCAAUGUAUACCCUUAUCGGUCAAAAUUAUUUGCCUGGACAGCAAAGUUGUAAAUGAAAUUCAAGAACGGGACCAGGAAAGGCCCCUCGCAUCGAUUGAAGGAUCUCAAAAUGCCAGGAAGAAGAAAUUCAUUCCGUUAAAUGUACGCAUUGAAUUGCACGAUUUUAAGAUUCAUCCGAAUGCCAUUCAAGAGUAUGUUGAAAAAAAUAACCUGAAGGUUAAAUUGUAAAGAUUCAAAAGGUUAAAGUUAAUUGAAAUAUCCCCAUGUUUUUACCGUUUGCCUCGCAAUUCUAGA